ACGCGAAUUCCAUGUUCGACGUACGUGAAAUGUGCAAGCUGCAGCUGUGGCUACAGCUGUGCCAGUGCCUCUGCCUCUGCCUGUGGCCGCCAAUCCUCGCUAGCAAUCCCAGCCCAGCAAUCCCGCUGCCCAGCUACUUCCAGCUGCACAUGAACGCGAGCGCCGAUGCUUGCGUGGAUUUCUAUGAGCACGCCUGUGGCGGCUGGACGCAGGCGCAUGCCAAUGACGUUUACUCCAGCCAGCUGGAGCAGCUCGACUAUGAGUAUCAUGAGAGCUUGGCUGCGCUGCUAGAGCAGCAGCCUAAGGUGGACGAGCCGCGCUUUGUGCAGCUGCUGCGCGAUAAUUAUCUUGCCUGCCGCAGCCUCGACAAGCGCUACGACGCGGCACAGUUCGUGCGCUGGCUGCGCGAGUGGAGCAAGAGUAAUUCGCAGCCGAACGACAACAAUUGGAGUGCGCUGAUACGACUGUUGAAAGCCUACGGUCUUGCCGAGCUGCUGCAGUACGAGAGCGAAGAGGACGAGGCGUCGUCGACGGAGACGCUCAGCGAUGUGGAGCAGCGGCUGCUGCAGCUGAUGUUGCCUUGGCCCAAUCCAAACGAUUAUCUGACCGAUGCAGCCGAUGAUGUGCUAGAAGACAUGCUGACGCACGCGAGCUUCAGGCAGCUCAACCGCGAUCUUCGGCCGCUGGGCGUGGCCGAACGCGAGCUGUGGAAGCACAUGCAUAGACUCGAACAGCAGCUGUGCCGCUGUGCGCAGCAGAAUGAAGAGGAGACCGAGGAGGAACUGUCGACUGUGACGCUUUGGCUGCUGCCGCUGCCCAAUUCAAGCGCAUUCGGUGCAACUCGUCGGCUGGGCUAUCUGAGCUGCGUGUCCGCAUUGCUGGCUAAGCAGCCGGCGUCGCUGCUUGCCCACUAUCUGCAACUGCGGCUGCUGCGUCUGCUGAAGCUGCUGCCAACGCCGCAGUUCGGGCGGCAGGCGUGCGCGGCACAGUCGCGUCAGCUGCUGACGCAUGCGGCCGUGUGGCUGCUGCAGCAGCAGUUGCCACAGGCACAGCGACAGCUAACGAAUCACACAAUGCACCAACUGUUCGAGCAGCUGCGUCAGCAGUUCAAGCUGCAGCUGCAAGCCAAUCGCAAUCGAUUCGGCAACGCCACACAGAACUUUCUGCUGCAGAAGCUGGAGCGCAUGAGACUGCGCGUGGGCGUGCUGCCCAGCGGUAGCUUGGAGCAGCAGCAGCAGCAGCUGGCGACACAUUACGCUCUGCUUCAACUGAAGGCCGACGAUUACUACGGCAAUCUGCUGGCCAUAUUGCAGCAGACGCAGCGCUGGGCCGAGGGAGAAGCGUCAACGGACAACGAUCUGUUCUUGGUGCAGUCGGAUGGCUUUGGCAGCUAUGCGUCAUGCUUUUUUCUCUUUUCACGCAACUUGGUGGUGUUGCCGCAUUCGCUGCUGACGGCCAACCUGUACAGUCCCCAUCAGCCGAAACUCUUUACGCAUAGCGCCCUGGGCUUUCUGCUUGCGCACGAGCUCUCUCACGGCUUUGAUCUUAGCGGUGUGAUCUACGAUGGGCGUGGCAAGCCGGCCACUAAGCAGCAAAAGCAGCGCUUGUCAGCCAGUGCGCGCUUUGCCUAUCAGAAGAGCUGCCUGAGGAGACGCCACGCCGAAAUUGCCGAUGAAAAGUUUGCCGAUGUGAACGGACUCGCCCUGGCCUACGAUAGCUAUUUUACGGCUCAUUGCCAGCUCAAGCAUGUGACGCCCACGGCUGCAACAGAGGCGAGGUGUGGCCCAGCUGUGCAACAGCAUUUCUUUAUCAACUUUGCGCAGUUCUUCUGCCAUGACGAUCAGCAGCUCGAGAAUACCAGCGUGCAUGGCAGCAGUCGACAGCGGGUCAAUGAUGCUGUUGCCAGUUCGCAGCACUUUGCACGCGCCUUCGGCUGUGAGCGCAGCCACAAGCAGUCGGCCUGUCAGCUGUACUAGCAAGAUUUUAGAGAACUCUACUUAAGCGUAUAUAUAUUAUAGAAAUAUCUAAGCAAAAUAACGAGCGGAACGAUUGGCAGCUAGAAGCGCUCGACUGAGUGAGAGAGCGCAGCUCUUCAAGCAGACACUUAUACAGACAAUGAAUUCACAUUCUAUAUUUGAUGUUUCUAGCUUUUAUACUCUUGAAUUUGUGCUAAAAGAAAGCCCAGUUAACAUAUUGUUAGGUGAACGAUAGAUGAGAUAAGCUUUUGCUUCGCAAU